UUUAAUAGGACAGGAAGUGCGUGUUGAUGAGGCGGCGAGGCUGUUAGCCGUCAUUAUGGCGCUUGACGUGAAAACCAGAGCAAAACGAUACGAGAAGCUGGACUUCCUCGGCGAGGGUCAGUUCGCCACGGUGUACAAAGCCAGAGAUAAAGUGACUGACACGAUCGUUGCGAUUAAAAAGAUUAAGGUCGGACACAGAACUGAGGCCAAAGAUGGUAUAAACCGGACUGCUCUCAGGGAGAUCAAAUUACUCCAGGAGCUGCAUCAUCCAAAUAUCAUCGGACUGUUGGAUGCAUUUGGACAUAAAUCAAACAUAAGCUUGGUGUUUGACUACAUGGAAACAGACCUGGAGGUCAUCAUCAAAGACACCAGCCUUGUCUUAACUCCAGCCCACAUUAAAGCCUAUGUCCUCAUGACAUUACAAGGAUUGGAGUACAUGCACCAACACUGGGUCCUGCACAGAGAUCUGAAGCCCAAUAAUCUGCUGUUAGAUGGGAACGGAGUGUUGAAGUUGGCUGAUUUUGGUUUGGCCAAAGCUUUUGGCAGCCCCAACAGAGUCUACACACAUCAAGUUGUUACCAGGUGGUACCGUUCUCCUGAGCUCCUGUUUGGUGCCAGGAUGUACGGUGUGGGCGUAGACAUGUGGGCUGUGGGAUGCAUCCUGGCCGAGUUACUACUUCGGAUACCGUUUCUUGCUGGAGACUCAGAUCUUGACCAGCUGACUAAAAUCUUUGAAGCUCUUGGGACUCCCACAGAAGAGACGUGGCCUGGGAUGACGAGCCUACCAGAUUAUGUCUCCUUCAAGAUAUUUCCUGGCACCCCUCUGGAGCAUAUAUUUAGUGCGGCUGGAGACGAUUUACUCGAGCUCCUGCAAGGUCUCUUCACCUUUAACCCAUCAACGAGAACAACGGCCACACAGGCUCUAAAGAUGAGGUACUUCAGUAAUCGCCCUGGUCCCACUCCUGGUGCCCAGCUUCCCCGACCCAACAGCUCAGUAGAGGUUCUGAGGGAGAAAGAAACAGUUGGACUCAAGAGGAAAAUAGACGGCUUGGAUAGAACUGUUAUGAAGAAGAAGCUCAUUUUCUGACCACAAGGAACCGGGUAAAUCAGUCAAAAUCCACCGAUUUCUCCCAGGAUGCAACAAGGAUCUCCUCUGGACACAAAUAAAAACCCAUAUUCAGCCGAGUCUGGCUCAGAUGAGACUGGCUUUAGGACUUUUAGUAUUUAUACGAGGAUCGUGACCUGAGGUUAGCUCCAGAUGUGCGCUGCUGAACUCAAGACGUGUUUUCACUGAUAAGCUGUGGAAGCCCAUUAGAAUAUUUCUAUUUGUUACUUAAGCAAACACAAGUCUUAUUCAUGUCAUGAAUGUUUUAUUUUUUUAGAUAUUUCCAAUAAAAGGUGUGAAUGCAUAUCUGA